AUGUGUAAUUCCCCCUGGCUGGCAAGAAACGUCCAUGUCCCGUACCGGAUAGUUGCCAAGCAGGAGUUUGAGUGGCUCGCCGCGUCGUCGGUUCCAAUUUUCAGCCUUGGCUUUGCAAACUUUGUGGCCAUCGGCAACAUUGGCGCCAAGGAGCUGGCUGCCACAUCGCUGGCAUACAUGGUCUCGGGUGUGUUUGCAUUGGCGCCGGCGCUUGGCUUUGCGUCGGCCAUGGAUACAUUCUGCUCGAGCGCCUUCACUGCCUCAACCGACAAGACCCUGGUGGGGCUGCAUUUCCAGCGCGGCGUGGUCGCAGUGGUCCUGCAUUUGAUCCCGGUCAGCAUCGUGUUUCUGAACAUGGAAUGGCUGAUGCUGAUGCUGGGCCAGGACCCCGAGAUUGCGAGGCUGUGCGGCGAGUACAUGCUGGUGUUUCUGCCGGGCGUGCUGCCAUGGGCGCUGUACGAGUGCACGAAGCGGUACUUGCAGGCGCAGGGCAUUAUGCGUGCCAGCACCAUCGUCAUCCUGGUUGCGGCUCCCAUCCACUGGGCCAACAGCUACCUGCUGAUUCUGUCGCCGACCUUUGGGAUCGGGUACCUUGGCGCGCCGCUGAACCUGACCAUUACGUUCUGGCUCAUGUUCCUGGGCAUCUGGGCGUAUGCCAGCAUGAAUGCCGACGCACGCCAGUGCUGGGGCGGGUGGUCGCGCGAGUGCCUGCAUGGCUUGGGUGCCUUCUACAAGCUUGGGAUUCCGGCUGUGAUCACCACGUGCGGCGAGUGGUGGGCAUACGAGAGCCUGUCCCUGGCUGCCUCGUAUUUUGGCGCAGCGCAGUUGGCGGCGCAGGCAAUCAUCCUCAACAUCAUCUCGCUGUCGGGCCAGAUCCCGAGCGCCAUGGGCUUCACUGCCACCCCGCGUAUCGGAAACCUGCUGGGCGCCGGCAAAGCCAGACGUGCUCGCAUAUCGUCGCACAUCAUCACCAUCAUGACCAUCGUUGUGGGCACUGCCACCACGCUGUCGUUUGUGCUGGCGCGCGAGUGGUGGGGCAAUCUCUACAGCAGCGACCCCGAGGUCACCCAGGUGGUUAUUGACCUGAUGCCUGUGGCUGGCAUCUUCCUCACCUGCAACGGGCUGAACCAGGUCUUCGGCGCGAUCCUGCGCGGGCUGGGCCGCCAGAAGCUCGGCGCAUGCAUUAUUGUGCCGUCGUUCAAUCUGAUCGGGCUGCCGCUGAGCCUGUACUUUGCCUACGGUCCGCUGGACAUGAAGCUGUACUUUAUCAUCUACCGCACCGACUGGGACAAGGAGGUUGAGCGCUGCAUCCGGCGUUUGAUUUUAUCCAGACCGACUAAAUACCAGGCGGUGCAGAAUAGGAUUCCCAGGUGAUCGCCAUUAGCGAUAUUCAACAAAGCCCCCAGGACUACGGGUCCUUGGCAUAGCAUUCAGUGCCAUGUUGUACCGUGAUGGAGCUGCCCUUCAGAUCAUUGUUACUACGUUUCCAUAUAUCCUAUCCACCAAUUGCACCUGUUGGCUAUCAUAUCGGGUAUUUAGUCUCUGAAACACGGUUAGAAAAUCGUUUUUGUUUAAAAGAUUGUGCAUUAACGAUCUCUUGGUGAUCAGUGAUGUUCUGGACCGUGGAAUAC